CUCUCAAGAGGCCGACCAGCAGCUUACCUCAUCAAUUCCGACCAUGGAGAUUGCCAAAUCAGCAGUUGCAAGUGAGCUUGUGAGCCGGUUCAUCUCCUUCGUGAUGAACAAGUACCACUUCUCUAGCCAUGCACAAUCACAGGAAAAGGAGGUGGAGAGGUUGCAGCAUCUCCUGAUGAGAGCUUCUACCAUCGUCGAGGAGGCGGACGCUCGAUACAUAACAAACUCCGGGAUGAUGAUGCAGCUCAAGAUGCUCUCGGAGGCCAUGUACCGAGGUCACAGCCUCCUCGAUACCUUGAGGUACGGAGCCCUCCAAGUUGCUGCCGGCUUCGACGAGGUUAGCAGCAACAACUCAUCUAGCAGCAGUUUGUAUUUAGCAAUUCCACUCAAGCGUUCCCGAACAACAACGGAAAAAGACAGCAAGAUCAUGGGCCUCGAGUCACAUGGUGCUUUGGAAAGCUUAGAAAUUGCUGUUGCAAACAUGUCAGAGUUUGUUCUGCUUCUGGGUGGAUGUGAGCGCAUGUCCCAUAGGCCAUAUGACGUUUAUCUUUACACCGACAACUUCAUGUUCAGCCGACAUGCUGAAAAGCAAAAGCUCUUGAGCUUCUUGUUGCAGCACAACGAUCCUUCAGGUAAUCAUGCAUUGGCCAUUCUUCCGCUUAUAGGUGGUGUUGCAGUUGGGAAGAAAACUUUGGUUGCUCAUGUGUGUGGCGAUGAAAGGGUUUGCUCACGAUUCUCCUCUAUUUUGCACUUGAAAGGAGACAACGUUUUGGGGAUACUUGACGAUGGAAGGGUCAUGUUUGGGAUAAUGUUGGUAGUUAUUGAGUUUGCUUCUGAUGUUGAUGAUGAUGACUGGAAAAAAAUUCACUCAUUUCUCGUAAGAAUGGACAGAGGAAGUAAGAUCAUCAUUGUAAGUAAAAUUAAAAGAAUAGCCCGGUUUGGAACGGUGAAACCAAUUUUACUAAGUGGGCUAUCUCACGAUGAGUUGAGGUACCUUUUCAAGGCACUAGCAUUUGGAAGUGUAGAGCCAGGAGAACAUCCGCGGCUAGUACAAAUAGCAGAUGAAUUUGCCAUGGUGAUCCACAGUUCGCAAGUUUCACUUGUCGCAACAAAUAUGUUUGCGGAUGUGUUGAGAAGCAACCUCGAUGUUCAGUUCUGGCGUUGUAUAUUGGACAAGGUGGCAAGAAUGGUUAAGAGAAACCUCUCCAUACAUGGCGUGAACCCAACCAUGCGUAUAGAACAAGGCAAUCCGGUAGACAUAACAGACAUUGCUUUGCAUCCUCUUAGCAUGAAACCUUGUAGUGUUAAUUUAUCAAUCAAGUCAGUAUUGCCAAGUGUAACAUUUCGAGAACUUGUAACAGAUCCGAGUGUUAGGCCGAAAGGAGACUUCACUCUAAUGGCAUGGGAAUCAAGGAUAGCCCCUUAUAAAUCAUUUCCUAAUUAUGUUACAAGUAUUGCUCAGGGUACAAAUCAAAAUAGUGCGCUGCCAGGGAGGAAGCGACAAGGAGCGCCAAUCUAA